AUGACAGACCAACCUCAUCAACAACAACAAGAAAUUGUGGAUGAUCGUGUUAGAAACAUCAUGAAUGAAACUAUGAAACAGGAAGAACAACAACAGCAAACCAACACGUCAGCCACUUCUCCUCCAUCAACAUCCUCUCACGACGAAGUUCAUCAGCAACAACAAUCUGAUCCCUCUCAGAAGUAUCAUCCGAUCGCAUGUGAGGCAUGUAGAAAGAAACACAAGAAAUGUGAUAGGACUCUUCCGAGAUGUAUUGAAUGCACCAAAAGAGGACUCAAUUGCGUUUACUAUGAACCGAAAAAGGAAUAUCUUCAAAAGAUGAUGCAAGAGGGUGUUAAACCCCACAAACAAUCACAAAAAAAGCCAAAGGAUUUUCAUGUUGUCUCAUUUCGUGUAGAAUCACCAAAAGUUCAGCAAAAUACUUUCACACAUUAUUCAUACAAUCCUGAUAUUAAUAAUGUGAGCAGUAGUCUGUUUGAUGCAAGUGGAGCACAAUCCACAAAUUUUCCUCCUCCAAACCUUACUCAACAACAUUCAAAUGAAACUGUGACAACCACAACAAAAAAAAAGAAGAAGAAAGAAACAACAACGCAAGACGUGGUAAACCCAACACCAAUUAUUCAACCUCAGCACUCAUAUCAACAACCAACGGGAUGUCCAACACAACAUGUCUUAUCAACACCACUGAUUCCUCAGUCUAGCACAAUCCCUAACAUCAUGACAACAGACCCUACUGUCUAUCCAAACACUCUUUAUGAUCAAAAUUUGACAUCAACCGUGUCACAAAAUUAUUAUGCUGAACCACAACAUCUCAACAGCUAUGAAAUGUUUCCUACAGGCAAUUCAAAUUAUUCAUUGCAGCAAGAUGCUCUUCCUACAAGUACCAUCGCCAGCAAGUACAAUGCAAUAUCCGAUAACAUUUAUCAGCCCACAUUUUCUUCUGAAAGCAAUGAUUUAACAAUCACACAACAAUUACCUUCGCUCUCUCCUCCUAACUCUCAUUCCGCUUCUUCAUUGCAUAAUUAUAGAUAUCAUCCAUAUAAUCUUCCUAGCUCCAUUCCUCCUCAAUCUACUUCAAUUGCUUCUGCCCACACUAGUGUCGUUAGUUCGUUAAACCCACCACAACAGUCAUUACCUGACCCAUCUUCUUCUGUGAUCACGUUGAAUAGGACUGUACUAAACAGUCCCAAGUCAAAUUUAACUCACUCAUCACACAGUGACAGCAGCAGUAAUAAGGACGGUACACAUUCGAGUGAUACAAGCAGUUCUAUUCAGUCAUUGUUUUUACAAGAUCUUCUCAACACUUCAUACAUGAAAAUUAACACUUUUGAAUACUUUCAUAGAUAUGUUACUUAUGGCGUUAGGUUAUUUUCUCAAGAGUUAAUUGAGCAAACAAUUUUUGGAGAAGAUUUAAAAGUGACCAUGAAUGACAUUUUCCGAAAUCCAAAUUGCUUUUUCCAACAUCCCGAGUUUUCGAAACAUAGCAACGAUAGUAUUCAAUAUUCGAAAAAGUCGGAAAUUCUCUCCUUACUCUAUACUCUACAUGCAGUUGUUUGCUCAUGCAAUGGCUAUCAACAACAAGCUGAAACAUCCAUUCGUCGCUCAUUUGAAAUCAGCUAUAGAGGUAGCGUAUUAAGGGAUAUUUUGCGAUUAUUCUAUGAUUCGAGCUAUCCUGAAGAGUUGGUGAGCUCUAUAGCAUCAAGGCACGGUCCUCAAAAUGAUUUUCUGAUUCAGACGGACAGAGUUUUUUAUUCAUUCCGAAUUGGAAGACUUCUCCUUUCAGCGCUGUAUUCAUUGAGCAUAGCAAAUCUAGGUCUUUCUAAAUACUUCUUACUCAAGUCAGAUGAAAUGCUCGACAAUGACUCUCCAAAUUUCAAAUCUAGACGUUAUAUUAAUUAUUCAGUAUCAUUGGAAUCCAAGGAAGGAAGUGACUACUCUAUUUUUUCUGUCUCCGAUCCCCAAGUAACUUCUUUUUGCAAAUUUAGAGUCGCCACUGCAAUGUCGUAUGACAAUAUGCGAAAUUUUCUGCAACGUAGUGACAUAGUUUAUGGACUUGAAAAUAACAUUCCAAAACCAAUGAUCAUUAACAAGACGUCAUGUGUGUUGAGAGAUGCUCCUGAAUUUCAAUUCGAUCUGAACGUUCUAAGAAUGACGGCAGGCCUCUAUAUUUAUAACAUUGGUAAAAUUCCAAUUGAAAUUUUACUCAUUACCACUUUGAAGAAUAUUACUGUAGAGAAUAUUGAACUAUUUUUAAUGCUUAAUGUAUUGGUGAUGAAAGAGGAAGAGCGUUAUGCGUCUAAUGUAAAGAUGGACCCAAUCACUCUCUCUUACUCCCAAACCCUAAGAAAAUUUACUAUUUAUUCAGUUUUAAUCGAGUUAUUGACAUUUAUGCUUGAAAAUUUACCGUAUGACGAGCCAUCGAUUGGCAAUCCAACUGUGGCAAGACUUGAGACAAUUUUCAAAAAUUUCGAUGAAGCCGUAGCUGGAGGUCUCAAUGAAAACUUAAAAAAGUGGAAUUUUGAAACUUUGACAGAAUAUGAAUUGGAAAAAUUGAGAGAAGGAUCCACUCCAAAUGAACCUUCUAUUUUUUCUCUCCUUUCCAGAGAUUCCACGACAAGCACUACAUCGAAUGAUGAGCCAACAUCAGUACGGGCCACCUUGGAAAAAUUAUUGACUUUAUAUUGUGACAGAUUUGCUGACAAUUUGAGAGAAUUUACUAAGGAAACAAUUUUGUUUAAUAAUGGAGACAUGUUAAACAUUCGUGCGGCUUGUUUGGUGCACUUGAGACAAGCAGAAACAAUUUUACAACGAGUGUCACUUUCUUUGGCAGAUCGAAUGAAACUUGCAAAUCGAUUGUAUCCAAUCCUCACAACAGAACUCAAUAUCCUCACUUAUUUGCAACAAAAGUUUCCAAAAGUUUACUUCCGAAUAUUUUCUCUCACCAAUCGACUUGAAAACAUUCUGGAGAAAAUUCAAAGUGCUAUUUCAUAA